GUUUUGCCUCUUAAUUUUUAUUGUACGUUGUAUGUUUAAGGCUUAUCAGAUGUAUGGCUCUGAACAUGGAGUGAGCUGCUGAUGUUGUUGAUGUAGACAAACUCUUACUUCAGGACCACGAGCAUGGCAAAGUCCUGGCUCCUGUCUUGCCUACCCUGCACUGUCCCGACUCAAAUCACAGACCAGCAUACUUCCAGCAAAGCUUGCUGAACAGGACUGUGGGAAAGCCAUGCUCUCUGGUUCUUGGCGGCGCUCUUUCGGUCAUCAGCAGCCUGCUGCAGGAUCUGUAGCGAACACCAGGGGGAUGACGGUGUGUGGAGUCCCCAGUGGUACAGUGGUCCUCGAGGCCCAGUAUGACUACAGCUACCGUGGAGCAGACGGACGGCAGGUUUGCAUACGGGAAGGUGAACGCUUUAUUCUCCUGAAGAAGACGAACGCUGAUUGGUGGCAGGUGCGGAGGAUCGGGGCAGCCAGUAAAGCAAAGCCGCUGUAUGUCCCUGCCACGUAUGUGACGGAGGUACCUAUCGUGCCCAUGCCCUCCCCUCAGCGGCUGACUGCAACUGCCUCUCUGAACACCAACUUUAGGAUACUGCCACGAGUGUCACUUUCUCCCAGCGCAACCGGAGCUACGAGUAAUGAACAGCGUCAAGUGAACAAACUCCUCUAUCACUCCAUGGAAAACCUCAACUCCAACAGUGCCUUCCAAGGUCUGAAAAACAACACCAGCUUGGAUAGAGGUCACUUCCCAACUUUGCCCCUUUCUGGAUUCACCUUUGCGUCCAACUCACCCACCUCCUCAUCAGGCCACCUUAUGGUCCCUGGGUCUCAAGCUACUUCCACAGCAAAAACAGCACCUACAAAUUCCAGGGUGGUUCCCACAAUCACCCGGAGCCAGAGCUCAAACAACCUGCCUGAAAACCUGAUGGAGAAUCCGUAUGAUGAGGUGGGCGGCGGCAUCAGCAGUCGCACAAACCACAGGAUUCCCAAGAAGUCUUGUAGCCAAUGGGACGUAGCAGGAGCUUCAGGCAAGAACAACCAUCUGCAGGUAGGUCGAGUCAAAAAAAAACAACAAAAAAGAAAAGGCGAAGGCAUUUGCAGCACUGUAUUUGCGACUAGUUUGUCUGCUAGUUUGACCUCAGGGACCUCAAAACCGGGAAACAGUCGUCCUGAGAGCAGUGUGGAUUUAAGAGGAGCAAAACUGCACUGGGCCAACGAGCUGUCCAGCAAGAAGAACGUCUUCAAGUUGAGGACUGUGACAGGCAACGAGUUUCUUCUGCAGUCAGAGACGGACUCGCUGAUCAGAGAGUGGUACAGCACCAUCCAGAAUGUCAUCGACAGGCUGAUAAUCCCCUCGUCCGUCCUCUCCCACCUCCGCCGUCGGCCCGCCCUCCCGCUUUUCAUUCUCACCACCAUCCCCUCUCAUCUGCUUUCCUGCCCCACAGCCGAAUGCCCCACACUGACCUCCUCCUCUUCCUUCUCUUUCCCUUCCUCCUCCUCCCGCUUCCCUCCUUCUGCAGUCCCUCGCUCAACGUCCAACCUGGAAAACACAGAGAGGAAAAGAGUGAAGACGCGGCUGAAGAAGCUGAUCCUAAAGAGACCACCUCUACAGGCCCUGCAGGAGAAAGGGCUCAUUAAAGAUCAGGUGUUUGGAUGCAGUCUGGAGAUGCUCUGUGAGAGGGAGAGAAGCACCGUCCCUCGCUUCGUCAGACUUUGUACUGAAGCCGUGGAAAGGAGAGGUCUGGAGACCGACGGCAUCUACAGAGUAUCAGGAAACCUGGCUGUGAUACAGAAACUGCGCUUUCUGGUGAACCACGAGCGAGCGGUGACUACCGAUGGCCGUUACAUGUUCCCAGCGGAGUUGGUACAAGAGGAGAAGUUGAAUUUGGACGAGAGCGAGUGGGAGGACAUACAUGUCAUCACGGGAGCUUUGAAACUCUUCUUUCGCGAGCUUCCCGAGCCCCUCGUGCCGUACGGCUUCUUCACCGACAUUGUGGAGACAGUCAAAAUGUCAGACUAUAUGGACAAAAUCGAUCGAUUGAAGUGUCUGGUGCUCAACAUGCCUCCUCCAAACCACGACACGCUACAGUUCAUGUGCCGCCACCUCAAACGAGUGUUGGAGAAUUCUGAAACGAACAGAAUGACCACCCAGAACAUCGGCAUUGUGUUCGGGCCGACGCUGAUGCGCCCAGAGCGGGAUAACGGCAACAUGGCAGUGAACAUGGUUUACCAAAAUCAGGCAGUGGAGCUCAUCCUCACUGAAUUCGACCACAUCUUCGGAACGAGAGGCCUCUCUUGAUCUUUUGCUCCUUGACAUCAGACAAAAGCACAAGUUUUGGAGCAUUUGUCCUCCCUGCCUGUUGACUCAUAUGGUGUAAAAUGGAUUUCACAUCAAAAGAUAAUUACGGGGUAAAAAGAACCAGGACAGAAAGCUGCUAAUCAUGACAUCUGGCCUCCAUAUAAAGCCAUGCUAAAACAAUAAUAGUAAAACAAGCCAAUUUUAGCUCCAGUACUUGUGCCUUUGACUGCAGAUGUGGAGCCCAGCCCCGGUGAACUUCACUGCUGGAACAGACGCCUCCUUGUCACUUUUCCUUGAUGUUUCAGACUUGAUCCAAUAAAUAAAUAAAAAGCCGUAAAAGCGAUAAAUCUUCUCCAGCCUGUAGCGUGUUUCAGUCGGUAAUAAUCGAGGAUUGGGAGGAGGAACGUGUCUUAAGCUAGCACUGAAACAAAACUUGGCGAAACCAUCUCACUGUGAAAACACAUGCACCAGCACCUCUUCAAACAAGGGUGGACAGAUCCUGCCUGGAUAGACGUGCACAGGUGCCCACAUCUCCACCAUUUUUGCAGGGUUUAUUUGAAGGAAAAAAAAGUAAAAGCAUGAAUUCAGUGGCAGGAUGAAUGUGCCAACAAGGCAGAAAAUGUUCCUUUUUACCAAAUAGUACUUUGUAGUGUCAGAGCAACCCUUAUUUUACUAAUUUGAAUCUGUCUUCUAUUUUUAAUAGUGCAAAUUCCUAAUGUUAAGUUAAAUAUAUUGUUGUAAAUAUGUGAAAUACUGUCUUUCUCAUCUAGUAGCACUUUGCAUACAGUGUUCAACCUAAAUAUUACAAUUAGCUAAAUUCAAACUGAUACUUUUGCUUUGAAAUGAAGAGUGUUGGAUCUGACUGUUUACUCCUCCUGCAAUAAAAAUAUGUGAACAAA